AUGAAAUUACCGGUUUCUCUGCAGAAAAAGAAUGAGUCUGACGUCCAAGCCUACGAUCUGUCGCGCAAGCAAAUUAGCGCCCAAUACGCAGCGCUUGAAAAAUUCGAGGGCGGUCGUCGGACUGAGGCUAUGACUCUGGUUUACGACUCCACACCAGAGAGAUAA